AUCACUGAACUCAUUCAAACUAAAUGUGUGCCGCGCGAAUACAAGCUGCAUGUGCUCCAACUGUUCUUUAAAAUGACCCGGGACAAAAUAGCGCUCUUCUGUUUGCAACUUUUAUGGACAGUUCAGCUUGUCACAGGCAUUCACAGGCAUGACAUCUAUCCAUAUGGGGUGUUUCACGGCGAUGUUGCUCUGCAAGAAGGGGACGAUGAGACUUCUAAAGUGAUCACGCUCACCAAACCCAUGUACUUCUAUGAGGCGUAUUUCCAUAACUUAUAUGUGGCCACCAAUGGAAUCAUCUCAACUCAGGAUCUUCCCAUGGAGAAGCAGUACGUAGAUGACGGCUUCCCCACCGACUUCCCUGUCAUCGCCCCCUUCCUGGCCGACAUUGACACCAGCAAAGGAAAAGGAUCCAUCUUCUACCGGCAGACGGAGUCUCCAACCGUGCUGAAGCGGGCGGAAGCGGAUGUCAAGAGAGGCUUUCCAGAUGCCACGUUCAGCCCGACCCAUGCCUUUAUCGCCACCUGGGAGAAUGUGUCCGCUUAUGAGGAGGUCACUCGCAGCUCUAGUCUGUCCAAUCGGGUAAACACAUUCCAAGUGGUGCUUGCGUACAAUGAGAAGGAUACUUAUGCACUGUUCCUGUACCCCGAGGAUGGCCUUCAGUUUUUUGGGACACGGCCCAAGGAAUCUUACAAUGUUGAAAUUGAGCUUCCAGCUCGUGUGGGCUUCACCAGAGGAGAGCUGUCCUUCCUCUUCUUUUCUCGGACAGAGGGGCCACACUACAGCGUCACCAGUGACGAGCAGUCUGUCAAACACCUUUACCAAAAAGGAAACAUAGGAGAGCGUGGAGUUUGGCUCUUCCACAUUGGAAACAGAUAUUCCUUCCAGAAUGUGGUUCCUGCACAGCAUGAGGCUUUUUACACCAGAGCUCCCCCGGUCCUAGAUGCUGCCUUCCCUGAUGAAGACUACACGGACACGGAUGAGGAAGAGUAUGAUCCCAUUGAUCCUGACUUUCAAGAUCCCACCACAACGGAGUAUCUUGAGCCAGACCAGGACUCCUCAAUACUGGAGCGUCUUAAACAGGAGGUGCCCCUUGGUCAGUCUCCCCCUCAGCCAUCAGAGUCUGGUCCAGGAGAGUUUCCACAGCCAGAGGACGUGACCCAGCCCCAGAGGCCGUUACCCAAGCAUGCAAUUCUACAGGUGUACCCGAACCGUGUGAAGGACGUCCCACCUUCUGGAGGUCAAGUAUUCAGUGUUGAGGAAAAAGUGGAAUUUGACUCUGGAGUCAUCCAUUACUCGACCGAUAAUAAAGAGACAUGUGAGCGUUUCCAGCAGCAGUGCAGUCACAACGCACACUGCUCAGACUAUUCCUCUGGCUUCUGCUGUCACUGCAACUCAGGCUUCUACGGCAACGGUCGUCACUGCCUGCCAAACGGUGCCCCUCAUCGUGUGAAUGGAAAGGUCAGAGGCACUGUACUGGUGGGUGGCACAACAGUGCAGCUGGACAGCAUUGAUCUUCACGCCUACAUCGUGGUGGGCGACGGACGGGCAUACACGGCCAUCAGUGAGGUCCCAGAGCCGGUGGGCUGGGCCCUCAUGCCCGUGGCCCCCAUUGGAGGCCUGUUUGGUUGGCUCUUUGCCCUGGAGCUGCCAAACAGCCUUAAUGGCUUCAGUAUCACCGGUGCUGAAUUCACUCGCCAUGCCGAUGUGACCUUUUAUCCUGGGAACCAGCGACUCAGCAUCGUCCAGACAGCCACGGGUUUGGAUACCCAGAACUACCUCAAUGUGGACACUCAUUUACAGGGCAGUGUUCCCUUCAUCCCUCCUGGUGCCACGGUGCAGAUGGAGCCAUUUAAGUACAUCUACCAUUAUUAUCCUUCGUUGAUUACCUCCACAUCCGUGCGUGAGUUUACAGUCGUAUCAGCUGAAAACGGUGCAGAGACCUACACUUUCCAGGUCAAACAGAACAUCACAUACAGGGACUGCUCUCACGGGCCCCGCAGCGGACUGGAGACGCUGGAACUGAGAAUGGAGCGCAUAUUUGUUAUGUACGUCAAAGAAGAGCGCAUCCUUCGUUACGCCAUCACCAACAAGAUCGGCCCUCUUGGAGCUGGAGAGCAAGAGCCAGAAGAUGUGAAUCCCUGUUACUCUGGAAAUCAUGACUGUGACACAACCGCUCAGUGCGUGCCAGGCGAGGGACAGCUGUUUUCGUGCCAAUGCGCCACAGGUUACAGAGGAGACGGUCGCAACUGUUAUGAUGUGGAUGAGUGUGCAGAAGGUCUGAGCUCCUGUGGUGCUCAUUCUUACUGUGUGAACCUGCCUGGAAGCCAUCGCUGUCAGUGUGAGAGCGGAUUUGAGUUCGGAUUUGUCGGUCGGACAUGUCAGGAUGUGGACGAGUGUCGUGAGCAGCCGUGCCACACCCAGGCCUUGUGCUCAAACAGUCCGGGAUCUUUCCGGUGCCAGUGCCAACCGGGAUACCAUGGAGAUGGUUUCCAGUGCCACCCUCAAAAUGGUCGCCCCAAGACCCAUUGCGAGCAGCACAGAGACAGUCUUCAGAGCGGAAAUGGUGGUGUUCGUCCAAUAGGAGCCUUCAUCCCUCAGUGUGAUGAGGAGGGUCAGUACACACCUCAGCAGUGUCACGGGUCCACAGGUCACUGCUGGUGUGUGGACAGUAGAGGACAGGAGAGAGCGGGAACCAGAACUCCACCCGGAACACCAUCUAUUAACUGUGAUGAGCCUGUGCAUCCAGUGCGUCCCAAGACCCAUUGCGAGCAGCACAGAGACAGUCUUCGGAGCAGAGAUGGUGAUGUUCCUCUGAUAGGAGCCUUCAUCCCUCAGUGUGAUGAGGAGGGUCAGUACACACCUCAGCAGUGUCACGGGUCCACAGGUCACUGCUGGUGUGUGGACAGUAGAGGACAGGAGAGAGCGGGAACCAGAACUCCACCCGGAACACCAUCUAUUAACUGUGAUGAGCCUGUGCAUCCAGUGCGUCCCAAGACCCAUUGUGAGCAGCACAGAGACAGUCUUCGGAGCAGAGAUGGUGAUGUUCCUCUGAUAGGAGCCUUCAUCCCUCAGUGUGAUGAGGAGGGUCAGUACACACCUCAGCAGUGCCACGGGUCCACAGGUCACUGCUGGUGUGUGGACAGUAGAGGACAGGAGAGAGCGGGAACCAGAACUCCACCCGGAACACCAUCUAUUAACUGUGAUGAGCCUGUGCGUCCCAAGACCCAUUGUGAGCAGCACAGAGACAGUCUUCGGAGCAGAGAUGGUGAUGUUCCUCUGAUAGGAGCCUUCAUCCCUCAGUGUGAUGAGGAGGGUCAGUACACACCUCAGCAGUGCCACGGGUCCACAGGUCACUGCUGGUGUGUGGACAGUAGAGGACAGGAGAGAGCGGGAACCAGAACUCCACCCGGAACACCAUCUAUUAACUGUGAUGAGCCUGUGCAUCCAGUGCGUCCCAAGACCCAUUGCGAGCAGCACAGAGACAGUCUUCGGAGCAGAGAUGGUGAUGUUCCUCUGCCAGGAGCCUUCAUCCCUCAGUGUGAUGAGGAGGGUCAGUACACACCUCAGCAGUGCCACGGGUCCACAGGUCACUGCUGGUGUGUGGACAGUAGAGGACAGGAGAGAGCGGGAACCAGAACUCCACCCGGAACACCAUCUAUUAACUGUGAUGAGCCUGUGCAUCCAGUGCGUCCCAAGACCCAUUGCGAGCAGCACAGAGACAGUCUUCGGAGCAGAGAUGGUGAUGUUCCUCUGAUAGGAGCCUUCAUCCCUCAGUGUGAUGAGGAGGGUCAGUACACACCUCAGCAGUGCCACGGGUCCACAGGUCACUGCUGGUGUGUGGACAGUAGAGGACAGGAGAGAGCGGGAACCAGAACCCCACCCGGAACACCAUCUAUUAACUGUGAUGAGCCUGUGCAUCCAGUGCGUCCCAAGACCCAUUGUGAGCAGCACAGAGACAGUCUUCGGAGCAGAGAUGGUGAUGUUCCUCUGAUAGGAGCCUUCAUCCCUCAGUGUGAUGAGGAGGGUCAGUACACACCUCAGCAGUGUCACGGGUCCACAGGUCACUGCUGGUGUGUGGACAGUAGAGGACAGGAGAGAGCGGGAACCAGAACUCCACCCGGAACACCAUCUAUUAACUGUGAUGAACCUGUGCGUCCCAAGACCCAUUGUGAGCAGCACAGAGACAGUCUUCGGAGCAGAGAUGGUGAUGUUCCUCUGAUAGGAGCCUUCAUCCCUCAGUGUGACGAGGAGGGUCAGUACACACCUCAGCAGUGCCACGGGUCCACAGGUCACUGCUGGUGUGUGGACAGUAGAGGACAGGAGAGAGCGGGAACCAGAACUCCACCCGGAACACCAUCUAUUAACUGUGAUGAGCCUGUGCAUCCAGUGCGUCCCAAGACCCAUUGUGAGCAGCACAGAGACAGUCUUCGGAGCAGAGAUGGUGAUGUUCCUCUGAUAGGAGCCUUCAUCCCUCAGUGUGAUGAGGAGGGUCAGUACACACCUCAGCAGUGUCACGGGUCCACAGGUCACUGCUGGUGUGUGGACAGUAGAGGACAGGAGAGAGCGGGAACCAGAACUCCACCCGGAACACCAUCUAUUAACUGUGAUGAGCCUGUGCCUCCAGUCCAGCGUCCAGAGACCGUCUGUGAGCGUUGGAGAGCCAGUCUGUUGCAGCAAUAUGGAGGCCAGCCGGAUUCCAACCGUUAUCUACCUCAGUGUGACUCUGCCGGGGAGUUCAACCCUGUUCAGUGCUACGGAGACAGCGGCUUCUGCUGGUGCGUGGACCAAAACGGACAGGAAGUACCAGGAACCCGCUCACACGAUGCUGUGAAACCUGCCUGUAUACCUACUGUGGCCCCUCCCACCAUGCGCCCUCUGCCACGCCCAGAUGUGACUCCGCCUCCAUCAGGCACGUCCCUGCUUUAUGCCCAGGGCCAGCAGAUUGGAGUUUUGCCUCUCAAUGGCACACAGAUGGACAAGCAGAGAUCUUCAGUGCUGCUUGCUUUACACGGCUCUAUAGUGGUCGGCAUUGAUUACGACUGCAGAGAAAGGAAAGUUUAUUGGACAGAUCUGGCUGGACGCACGAUCAAUAGAGCCAGUCUGGAACCAGGAUCAGAACCUGAGAUCAUCAUUAACACAGCUGUGACGAGUCCAGAAGGCCUUGCUAUAGAUGUUGGACGUAGGAGAUUGUUUUGGGUGGACAGCACAUCAGAUAAGAUCGAAACAGCGAACCUUGAUGGAAGUGACAGGCAUGUUCUGUUUGACACAGACUUGGUAAAUCCCAGAGCCAUCAUCGUGGACUCCCCUACAGGAACACUUUACUGGACUGACUGGAACCGAGAAGCUCCUAAAAUCGAGAGCUCCUCGGUGGACGGACAAAACCGAAGAGUCCUGGUGCAGGAUGGGAUCGGGCUGCCCAAUGCUUUGGCCUACGACUCCACCACACGCCAGGUCUGCUGGGCCGACGCAGGAACCAAGCGACUGGAAUGUAUAUCACCUAAUGGGACAGGAAGACGUGUGGUCCAAAGUAACCUGAACUACCCCUUCAGCAUGGUCGCCUUCGCCAAUCACUACUAUUACACGGACUGGAGGAGGGAUGGGGUCAUUGCUCUCAAUCGAGAUAACCAGUCAACAGAUGAGCACUUGCCUGAUCAGAGGUCUCAUUUGUAUGGCGUUACAGUUGCUCCUCCACACUGUUUAUAAGGGAGACGCUAAUGAAAGAGCCAGCGUUACAUGGUGCUAUUUUGGGGGCGAGUGUUUUGGAGAGCUUGUGCUGUGGGGACUCGGAAGACAACGCGCAAGUCUUGACGAACGUCACCGUCAAUGCCAAAGUGCAAAUUUACAAACAUGAAUGCGUGGAUAUUUUCUCAAAAUAGUUUUGUAAAUUUGUUUUAUACCUCAUUUUUUCUUUCUACUGUACUUUUGUAUGUGACUUUUUGUUAAAAAACCUAACAAAUUAAAAAAAAAAAUACCCUCAGAUUUUAGUGUAACUUUUUAAAUACUCUAAAACAGUAUUUUAGUGAAAAAAGGUUCAUGUUUUUAAGUGAAAUUGCUUGAAACACCCAAAGUGGUCUUUUACCAGCCGUAAUAUUUUUUUAAUCUUUUGUAAGAUGUGAUAUUUAUAACAAUAAAAUGUGAUUGACAACUUUAA